UUUAAGUACCUUCCCCUCGACCACAAGAAGUCCGAGAUACGUCUCUUGACGCUGAUACCCUCAAGCGACCCAUGUGGACCUAUUCACUGCUCCUUGAACCAUGCAUCACUGGACGACGAGCCACCAUUCGAAGCUCUGUCGUACGUCUGGGGACCAACUAACCCCACACACGACAUCUUCAUUGACGGGACUAAAUUCGUGGUCGGCCCAAAUCUUCACGCGGCGCUGCGCGGCCUCCGUCAGCGCAAAAAGCCCCGUACAGUGUGGGCAGACGCAAUCUGCAUCAACCAGCAGGACAAGAGCGACCAGGCCUACCAGGUGCCUCUGAUGGGCCGACUAUAUACGGUGGCAAGGACAACGGUCAUCUGGUUCGGCGAGUCGAACGAGGAGGUCGAUGCCUUGGCGGCCUACCUCAGCACCCACGGCUCCGGCCGGAGUCUCGUC